GCGCAGUAGCGCUUACACCAUGAGCUCUCCUGUACUGGUAUUUACUGGUGGUUACUGGUAUCCCCUUAGGGCGCAGCGGCGCUGGCACCAUGACCCCCCCCGUGCCCGUCCCCGCCGGCAGCAUGCUGCUCGCCCUGGCCCUGGCCUGCGCCAGCCCCUUCCUGGAGCCGCCGGCGGCGCCGCGCCGCACGCUGAACGUGGCCGUGAUCCUGAGCGGCGCCUCCUACGGCCCGGCCGGGCCGCGCCUGGCGCCCGGAACCUUCCAGAACCUGUCCCUGGAGGUGAACCCCGUGGGGGUGGUGCUGAACGACACCAACCCGCGCAGCCUGAUCGUGCGCCUGUGCGACGUGCUCUCCUCGCUGCGCAUCCACGGCGUCGUCUUCGAGGACGACACGCGCUCCGAGGCCGUGGCGCAGAUCCUGGACUUCAUCUCGGCGCAGACCUCGGUGCCCAUCAUCGGCGUCAACGGCGGCUCCGCCAUCGUGCUCACGCCCAAGUCCUGUCUAGGGGCACCCAAAUGUGCCCAGAUGUGCCCAGCCCAACCCCAACCGUGUCUAGUGUCACCUGAAUGUCCCCAACCUGACCCCAACCAUGUCUGGAGCCGCCUGAACGUCCCCAACCCAACCCCAAACAUGGGCAAGGGCGCCGAGGCGCUGCUGCGCGACUACGGCUUCAUCCCCGAGUUCAGCAACGACUGCCGCGCGCCCAACGCCAGCCAGAUGGGCGACAACCUGCACAGGUAUUUCAUGAACAUCACGUGGGGCCAGAAGGAUUUCUCCUUCAACGAGGACGGGUACCUGGUGAACCCCUCGCUGGUCGUCAUCUCCCUCAACAAGGAGCGCACCUGGGAGGUGGUGGGCAGCUGGGAGCGGCAGGUGCUCCGGCUCAAGUACCCGGUGUGGUCGCGCUACGGGCGCUUCCUGCAGCCGGUGGAGGACGGGCGGCACCUGACGGUGGCCACGCUGGAGGAGCGGCCGUUCGUCAUCGUGGAGAGCACCGACCCCGCCACCGGCACCUGCAUCCGCGACUCGGUGCCCUGCCGGCGCCAGCUGAACCGCACCGCCAGCCCCCCCCCGUUUGAGAAGAAGUGCUGCAAGGGUUUCUGCAUCGACAUCCUGAAGCGGCUGGCGCGGGCGCUGGGCUUCACCUACGACCUGUACCUGGUCACCAACGGCAAGCACGGCAAGAAGAUCGACGGCGUCUGGAACGGCAUGGUGGGCGAGGUGGGGCCCAGAGCACCCCGGGACGCCCCCAAAAUAACGAUCCCCCAAAUCCUGACUGGCAUCCUCCAAAACCCCCAGAUCCCAACCGGCAUCAGCGUCGUGGUGUCCCGCAGCAACGGCACCGUGUCCCCCUCCGCCUUCCUGGAGCCCUACAGCCCGGCCGUGUGGGUGAUGAUGUUCGUCAUGUGUCUCACCGUGGUCGCCGUCACCGUCUUCAUCUUCGAGUACUUCAGCCCCGUGGGCUACAACCGCAGCCUGGCCAGUGGCCAACGCGCGGGCGGCUCCACCUUCACCAUCGGUAAAUCCAUCUGGCUGCUCUGGGCGCUGGUGUUCAAUAACUCGGUGCCGGUGGAGAACCCCAAGGGCACCACCAGCAAGAUCAUGGUGCUGGUCUGGGCCUUCUUCGCCGUCAUCUUCCUCGCCAGCUACACCGCCAACCUGGCGGCCUUCAUGAUCCAGGAGGAGUACGUGGACACGGUGUCGGGGCUGAGCGACCGCAAGUUCCAGCGGCCCCAGGAGCAGUACCCCCCGCUCAAGUUCGGCACGGUGCCCAACGGCAGCACGGAGAAGAACAUCCGCAGCAACUACCCGGCCAUGCACAGCUACAUGGUGCGCUACAACCAGCGCGGCGUGGAGGACGCGCUGCAGCACCUGAAAACGGGGUACGGGGGGAGAAACGGGGGGGAAAAUGGUGAGACUGUGGNUGACAGCGAGGACACGGAGGGGGUGACACCCCCGGCUGCUGAGGUGGCAGCAGCGAGGACAAGGACACGCUGCGGUGGCAGCAGGGACAGUGACCCCACCGCCGCGGAGGCCACGCCCGGUCCCCGAGGGUGGCACUGUGACCCCAAAACCCCCGAGGACACCACGGCGUCCCCUCCCCCGCCCCGGGGGUGGCACCGCCGG